AUGGCCCGGGCGCGCGGGCUGCUCCGUCUGUGGCUGGGCUGCUUCUGCCUGAGCCUGGCGCAGGGGGAGCGGCUGCGGCAGCAUGUCCCGGAGCUGCUCAGAGCCGGGCAGGCAGGCAGGGGCGCGACCCCGGAGCCGCAGCCCCGGGACACGGCGUCGGAGCACAUGCUGCGGCUCUACGACAGCUACGGCGGCGCCGGCGUCCGGGGCGCGCGGCCCCUGCGCCCCCGGGCGCUGCGCGGAGGCAACACGGUUCGCAGCUUCCGAGCCGGAGCAGCGGGAAGCCUUGAAAUCAAGGGGCUGCAUAUUUUCAAUCUGACUUCUCUGACCAAGUCAGAAAGCAUCCUGUCUGCCACGCUGUAUUUCUCUGCCGCAGAGCCCGCCAGCGUGGGCCCCGGUUGUCCAGGGCCUCACGGGUGCUCUCACCAUGCCCAGAGGAAACCCAGUCGGAUAGACCUCUCUGCGUGGAUCCUCACACCCGACAGAAACCAGAGUCAACUCCUGCGCCACCUGUCAGUUGACAUAGCCAGACCGCGUGGAGAUACCACAUCCUGGCUGUCCGCAGACAUCACUCAACUCUUAAAGAAGGCCACGGAAAACGAGGAGUUCCUCAUAGGAUUUAACAUGACACCCACAGGACACCCGCUGCCAAAGCGGGUGUUACCUUUUCCGGAGCCUUAUAUCUUGGUCUAUGCCAACGACGCUGCCAUUUCUGAGCCACAGAGCGUGGUAGCGAGCUUACAGGGACGCCGGAAUUUUCCCGCCGGGGCUGUGCCCCAGCUGGACAGCCACCUCAGAGCCGCCCUUUCUAUGGAACGAAGGAGGAAGCGCUCCACGGCGGUCCUGCUGCCGCUGCAGAACAACGAGCUUCCCGGGGCGGAAUUUCAGUACAGGAAGGACGAGGUCUGGGAGGAGAGGAAGCCUUACAAGGCCCUGCAGACUCAGCCCCCUGAGAAGAGUAAAAAGAAGCAGAGAAAGGGACCCCACCAGAAGAGUCAGACACUCCAGUUUGACGAACAGACUCUGAAGAAGGCAAGAAGAAAGCAAUGGAUUGAACCUCGAAACUGUGCCAGGAGGUACCUCAAAGUGGACUUUGCGGACAUCGGCUGGAGCGAGUGGAUCAUCUCCCCCAAGUCCUUCGACGCCUACUUCUGCUCUGGAGCCUGCCAGUUCCCCAUGCCAAAGUCUCUGAAGCCAUCCAAUCACGCCACCAUCCAGAGUAUAGUGAGAGCGGUGGGGGUCGUUCCCGGGAUUCCCGAGCCUUGCUGUGUACCCGAAAAGAUGUCCUCGCUCAGCAUCUUAUUCUUCGACGAAAAUAAGAAUGUCGUCCUUAAAGUCUACCCUAACAUGACUGUAGAGUCUUGUGCUUGCAGAUAACCUGGCAACAAACUCAUCCGAAUGCUUCCUUCAAUCA